UCGAAAUGGCGUUUUGAAGCAUUUGGAGAACGCCACGAUGCUCGCCACUGCUUCCAAGACUCUGUUCACGUCGGCCAAGGGCCAGAUCCGCCGCUCGACCACUGCCAGCUUGCAGUGGGCCAAGGACUUGAACAAGCCGCUCAAGGAAUCGGAUCCGGAAUUGUUCGACAUCAUUGAACGCGAGAAGCAACGCCAACGCAAGUGCUUGAGCUUGAUCGCGUCGGAAAACUUUACGUCCCGCGCGGUGUACGAUGCGUUGGGGUCGGUCAUGUCCAACAAGUACUCGGAGGGGUAUCCUGGUCAGCGCUACUACGGCGGCAACAAGAUCAUCGACCAAGCUGAAUUGUUGUGCCAAAAGCGUGCGUUGGAAGCUUUUAACUUGGACCCGGAAGUGUGGGGCGUGAAUGUACAGAGUUUGUCGGGGUCCCCUGCCAACUUUCAAGUGUACACGGCGUUGUUGCAGCCCCACGACCGCAUCAUGUCGUUGGACUUGCCCCACGGCGGCCACUUGUCGCACGGUUUCCAAACUGGCGCCAAGAAGAUCUCGGCUACCUCCAUCUUCUUUGAAUCGAUGCCGUACCGUCUCGACCCUGACACCGACUUGAUUGACUACGACUCGUUGGCCAAGAACGCCGAAUUGUUCCGCCCCAAGCUCAUCGUGGCUGGGACCAGCGCGUACUCGCGCCACAUCGACUAUGCCCGCAUGAAGGAAAUCGCCGUUGCCAACAACGCGAUUUUGUUGGCCGACAUGGCGCACAUCAGUGGUCUUGUGGCCGCCGGUGUCGUACCUUCGCCUUUCGAGUACGCCGAUGUCGUGACCACGACGACUCACAAGUCCCUCCGUGGCCCUCGUGGUGCCAUGAUCUUCUACCGCAAGGGCACCCAGAGCGUCGACAAGAAGGGCAAAGAAAUCAAGUACGACUUGCAAGGCCGCAUCGACUUCACUGUGUUCCCUGGUCUCCAAGGCGGUCCCCACAACCACACGAUCUCCGCGCUGGCAACCGCGCUGAAGCAAGCCAACACUCCCGAAUUCGUGGCGUACCAAAAGCAAGUGUUGGCGAACUCGAAGGCGCUGGCCCAGCGCUUGCUUGACAUCGGGUACAAGCUCGUGUCGAACGGCACGGACAACCACUUGAGCUUGGUCAACUUGAAGAGCUCCAAGGGCAUUGAUGGUGCCCGUGUCGAAUUUCUCUUGGAAGAAGUCAACAUUGUGAUCAACAAGAACACUGUGCCAGGCGACAAGUCCGCGUUGGUCCCUGGCGGCAUGCGCCUCGGUGCCCCUGCCUUGACUUCGCGUGGCUUGACCGAAGAAGACUUUGUGACUGUCGCCAACCUCAUCAACGAAGGUGUGGACUUGUCCGUGUCCAUCAACAAGGCCGUUGAAGGCAAGAAGUUGCAAGACUUCAAGAACUACGUCAAGAACGGCGGCCACAAGGCCGAAAUCCAAGCGCUGGAAGAAAAGGUCGCGACCUUCAUGCGCUCGUUCCCGACUGUCGGGUUCGAGGAAACCUCCAUGGUGUACAAGGAUUAAGUCGUAUCAUAAUGAAACGUUUUGCAGAA